GCCGCGCUCCUCACCUACAUCUGCACCGGCCCGGAGCCCGCUGAUCCUCCCCCAGCGCACCCGGCAUCCCGCGCACCGACGGAGCGGACAUGGGCAGAGCAAUGGUGGUCAGGCUGGGGCUGGGGCUGCUGCUCCUGGCUCUGCUCCUACCCGCGCAGAUUUAUGCAAAUCAAACAACUCUUGCAACAGUGUCAAGUAGUUUCUCCCAGAAUGUUACGACUACUACUCCAAGUCCAAUCAAUGCUACCACCAGGGGGGAUGCCAGUGCACUGCAGUCCACAGCAGCCAGCCUCCUCAUGGUCUCUCUCUCCCUGCUACAUCUCUACUGUUAAAGAGACUCAGGCCAAGAAGCAUCAACAUUUUCCCCUCUUCCAAACCCACCCCAAAUGGCGACGAGAAGUCCACGUGGCAAGGAAGAAACAAUCUUCAUGGCAUCUAGUUCCACGCCUUGUCCCGCUGACACCAAAAGUGUUGAGAAUCACAAAUUUGAUUGGUUUGAAAAACGUGUGAAGAGUUUGACCAGAUGAUGAGUGCCGACACUAAAUCUACUGGCAUUUUUAUGUUCAAGAUGAAGAGAGACAACGUCCAAAAUUAAAGACAUGAUUUCCUUGAAUGUAGCUUAAGAAAUGUAUGAACACUGAACACCUCUACCUUGAAAAAUUGAGACUAGAUUUUGUCUUGCUUAGGGAUAAAUGGUGGGGAUGUGGAA